CGCCAAGGUGGCCAUCAAGAAGCUGUACCGGCCCUUCCAGUCGGAGCUGUACGCCAAGCGCGCCUACCGCGAGCUGCGUCUCCUCAAGCACAUGCGCCACGAGAACGUCAUCGGGCUGCUGGAUGUGUUCACUCCUGAUGAAACCCUGGAUGAUUUCACAGACUUUUACCUGGUGAUGCCGUUCAUGGGGACUGACCUGGGCAAGCUCAUGAAGCACGAGAAGCUGAGUGAGGACCGAAUCCAGUUCCUCGUCUACCAGAUGCUGAAGGGGCUAAAGUAUAUCCAUGCUGCUGGCAUCAUCCACAGGGACCUGAAGCCCGGCAAUCUGGCUGUGAACGAGGACUGUGAGCUGAAGAUCCUGGACUUUGGCCUGGCGAGGCAGGCCGACAGCGAGAUGACCGGGUAUGUGGUGACCCGGUGGUACCGGGCACCCGAGGUCAUCUUGAAUUGGACGCGCUACACGCAGACAGUGGACAUCUGGUCGGCGGGCUGCAUCAUGGCAGAGAUGAUCACAGGGAAGACGCUGUUCAAGGGCAGUGACCACCUGGACCAGCUGAAGGAGAUCAUGAAGGUGACCGGGACGCCUCCUGCCGAGUUUGUUCAGAGGCUGCAGAGUGCCGAUGCGAAGAACUACAUGAAGGGCCUCCCCGAGUUGGAGAAGAAGGAUUUUGCCUCCAUCCUGACGAAUGCAAGCCCUCUGGCCGUGAACCUUCUGGAGAAGAUGCUGGUACUGGAUGCAGAGCGGCGGGUGACCGCGGCCGAGGCGCUGACCCACCCCUACUUCGAGUCACUACAGGACACGGAGGACGAGCCCGCGGCCCGGAAGUACGACGAGUCCUUUGCUGAUACGGAUCACACGCUGGACGAGUGGAAGCGUGUCACAUAUAAAGAAGUGCUCAGCUUCAAGCCUCCCCGGCAGUUGGGGACCAAGGUCUCCAAGGAGACGGCUCUGUGAAGACCCGUGGGCCCUGAGAGGUGGUGAGGAUGCCUUGGGGAUCCUGGCUGGGGCUCCUACUUGGAAGGGCGAUCCUAACGAUCACUGUGACUUGGCUGAGGCUUAUGUCCCAGGAGACCUCGGGUUCCAAGGAUGCCCCCACCCACCCAAGGCUGUUACCCUGCUCUCAAGGUUCCCACUUCAGUCUAAACUUGGGGGAACAUCUGGACCUUCUGGACAGGAUGUCAGCCUGAUUGGGGACUGGCCUCUGACUCCCUGAGUGGUAGUCCCCUCCCCCAGGUGCAACAACAAGCCUCAGAGCCUGUGUGGGGCUGGGGGGUGAGGCUUGGGGUCAAGGCCUGGCCUCUGACCUUGCCUGCUCCAGCCCCUGCUGAAGCCCAGCUGAAACAGUUGAGAAAGGACAGGGCAGGCGCACAGUGCCUACUCAGGGAUGUCUGUCCUGGGGGGUGUGGCUGUGGACUCCCCUGCACCCCCAGCCCAGAAUGGGCCCACACAGCUGGAAAGAAUAAACCCUUUUGUAGAGAGCGCA